AUGGUCUCAUCAGUCGAAUCUUGCUUUCUGUCAGAAUUGGCACCAAAUCUUGACCUCGUACUUCGACUUCCAAACAAUGCUCCACUUUCUGCGAAUGUGUCACAAGGGGAAGAAAGGGGGAUUGGUUCGCCCAAAGGAACUGAUGAAGACAAAAGCAUAGUUGUAGGGAAAUCCAUGUCUACUCAAAUUCCCACUUUACUACCAAUGAAAACUAUAGUGAGAACAUCGACAAUAAUAACUACUCCAAAUGCCAAUGUCGACUUAUCCAAUUUGCAAAAGAAUGGGACAAGUAUUAGAGAAGGUGGUUCGAGUUUUGUGUUGGAUUAG